UCAAGAAUGAACAAUCCGUCAGAAACCAGUAAACCAUCAAUGGAUAGCGGAGAUGGGAACACAGGCACACAAACAAAUGGCCUGGACUUUCAAAAGCAGCCUGUGCCUGUCGGAGGAGCGAUCUCUACAGCCCAGGCCCAGGCCUUCCUUGGGCACCUUCAUCAGGUCCAGCUCGCUGGAACAAGUUUACAGGCUGCUGCUCAGUCCUUAAAUGUACAGUCUAAAUCUAAUGAAGAAUCUGGGGACUCUCAGCAGCCAAGCCAGCCUUCCCAGCAGCCUUCAGUGCAGGCGGCCAUACCCCAGACCCAGCUCAUGCUGGCCGGAGGACAGAUCACUGGGGUAAGAUUUACCCAAGUACCCUGCAGUAAGCCUCCUGUCCGGCAGAUGAUGGCAGCAUCUACGGCAGUCCCCACAGAACUGUCAGUGAAGCUCACGUUGACGCCAGCCCAGCAACAGUUAUUGCUACAACAGGCGCAGGCACAGUUGCUGGCAGCUGCAGUGCAGCAUUCAGCCAGUCAGCAGCACAGCGCUGCUGGUGCCACCAUCUCGGCCUCUGCUGCAACGCCGAUGACGCAGAUCCCUCUAUCUCAGCCAAUACAGAUUGCACAGGAUUUGCAGCACUUGCAGCAGCUUCAGCAGCAGAAUCUCAACCUGCAACAGUUUGUGUUGGUGCAUCCAACAACCAACUUGCAGCCAGCACAGUUCAUCAUCUCACAAACACCGCAGGGGCAGCAGGGUCUCCUGCAAGCGCAGAAUCUCUUAACGCAACUACCUCAGCAAAGCCAAGCCAACCUCCUGCAGUCUCAGCCAAGCAUCACCCUUGCCUCGCAGCCAGCAACCCCAACACGCACAAUAGCAGCGACCCCCAUUCAGCCACUUCCACAGAGCCAGUCAACACCAAAGCGAAUCGACACUCCCAGCUUGGAGGAGCCCAGUGACCUUGAGGAGCUUGAGCAGUUUGCCAAGACUUUCAAACAAAGACGGAUCAAACUUGGAUUCACUCAGGGUGAUGUUGGGCUCGCUAUGGGCAAACUCUAUGGAAAUGACUUCAGCCAAACUACCAUCUCUCGCUUUGAAGCCUUGAACCUCAGCUUUAAGAACAUGUGCAAGUUAAAGCCACUUCUGGAAAAGUGGCUCAAUGAUGCAGAAAACCUCUCAUCUGAUUCAACUCUCUCCAGCCCAAGUGCCCUGAAUUCUCAAGGGCAAGGGAUUGAAGGCUUGAACCGUAGGAGGAAGAAACGCACCAGCAUAGAGACCAACAUACGUGUGGCCUUAGAGAAGAGUUUCCUGGAGAACCAAAAGCCUACCUCGGAUGAGAUCACCAUGAUAGCUGACCAGCUAAACAUGGAGAAGGAGGUGAUCCGCGUUUGGUUCUGUAACCGGCGCCAGAAGGAGAAAAGGAUCAACCCACCCAGCAGUGGUGGAACCAGCAGCUCGCCCAUCAAAGCAAUUUUCCCUUGCCCAACCUCACUGGUGGCAACCACGCCAAGCCUUGUGACUAGCAGUGCAGCUACAACCCUGACUGUCAAUCCUGUGCUCCCUCUGACCAGUCCUGCUGUAACUAGUCUGUCAGUCACAGGCACAACAGAAACCACCUCCAACAACACGGCAACAGUGAUUUCAACAGCACCUCCAGCUUCUUCAGCAGUGACAUCACCCUCCCUGAGUCCUUCCCCUUCUGCCUCAGCCUCCAAUUCAGAGGCAUCCAGUGCCAGUGAGACCAGCACAACACAGACAACCUCCGCUCCCUUGUCCUCCCCUCUUGGGACCAGCCAGGUGAUGGUAACGGCAUCAGGGUUGCAAACAGCGGCAGCAGCUGCGUUACAAGGAGCUGCACAGUUGCCUGCGAAUGCGAGUCUUGCUGCCAUGGCUGCUGCAGCAGGACUAAACCCAGGCUUGAUGGCAUCCUCGCAGUUUGCAGCUGGAGGUGCCUUACUCAGCCUCAAUCCAGGGACAUUAGGUGGUGCUCUCAGCCCGGCCCUGAUGAGCAACAGUACACUGGCAACUAUUCAAGGAUCGCUUCAUGGAUCGGAGAACUUUCUAACCAAAAAUGUAAAAAAAACAAAAAACAAAAAAACAAAAAACCACAAAAAAAGUGAAAGGACUACUUAUCAUUUCCAGCAGUCACAAUGACAAGUUAAGGGGGAUCCUGGAGCUUCUCAUCCAAGAUCCAGAAGGCAGCAACUUUAAACUCUACAUAUGCUUUGGUUUGUGACCUGAGCAUGUGGCAUUUGCGUUUGCACUCAAGUGGCAGAACCCCUUAUCUCUCCCCCCACCGCCAUGUUUUUGCUCUGUUCAUCUUUAACUCUCCACCUUCCUGUUUUACUGAGUAUUUAAACCAAUUAUCCCUAAAAUGUCAAAACUAGUGAACUGCAAGCAGGGAAACUAACAAAUGUCCGUCCACCGUUUCUAAUGUGUUUUGAUUUUUUUAUGUUUUAUUUUUUUAAAACUAAGCUUGAACCAAAGUCAAUUUCUAGCAAGCUGCUGUACUAAUGGACUAGUUUGUAUAAGUGCAGUUCAGAUGCAGAGAGGCGAUAGAUGCUACUGACAAUUUCUUUUUCAUUUGUCUUUUGUUUUUAUUAAUUUUAUAUAAAAGUUGCUGCUUGUUUUUAAUCUUUUUUUUUUUUUUUUGGUUGGUAAUUUGUGUUAUCCUUGGGGCAGACUCUUAACUUGAUUUUAAUUUGUUUUCUUUUGUUUGAUGUGUAAAUAGAAUGGCAAUGUCAGAGGAUUGUUAAUCCAACAGGUCCCACCCUCAUCCCACCAGUAUGGAUAAAUUUAAGUAUUUUUGAUGUGUCUUUAUGACUCCAGGCUGUGCAGGAGACUUUUAGGGCUAUGAAUAAUACUGCAGAAAUAGAAAUGGCCCACAGUAAUAGCUUCAGAGCAGUAAAAGAUAUAGCUGGGUGAGCUUCAGGGAGGUAGGGAAGAAAAGGAGGAGAAGAUGCUGGUACCCGCUAUGUUGGGCUGGAGGCCAUAGCACAGACUACAGUUUCUACCAAAGGAAUGCAAGUCCCUGGGACUUGUGUUCAGUGAAGUAAGAGGACGGGAAAAAGUGCAGCUAUAACCUUCAUUCCUGACUCUGAAAGUUCCCGCUUACUUUCACGCCUGUGCAAAAAUACGAUUUAUCAGGAAGCUUUUUUUGUUAAAGGGGGGAUACUACCGGUCUUUUCUCUGGUGUAUCCUCUACUCCCUAAGGGUUUUGUGGCAGGGUAGGGGGACGUGAUCCUUGCAUAUAUCUAGGAAACACAAAGAAAGGUGGGCCUUAAAUCAGCGGAAAAUCCUCUCUCCACAGUUUAAAGAGACUGUGCCAUUAGCUGUCUGAAUGAGUUUUCAUGUCCCAUUCUUGCUGGUUUGUGGUUGGGAGAGGGUCUUGUUGAGUACAUAUCUGGAACACUAAUGCAGCUUGGAUGGUUUAUUUAUUAUAAAAAUCUGCUUUUUUUCCUGACUACCUUUGCAUUGGUCACAUGGCUUUGGUGUGAGCACCUUAUACCCCCUUACCCUCCUCCUCUCUACCCCUUCACCCUCUCUGGGGCCCAGAUUCCAGGGAAUUUCUUAGCAAGUCUUUUUCUGAGAGAAACUGGAAACUCGGAGUAGCCACAUAUCCAGAAAGGGCUUGGUUUUUCUUGCAGAAGCUGACAUAAUACCCAAACAGCACAUAUCCCAUGGUGUCCAUCACCAGCGUGAUCUGGUUCGUUGUCCUAAAAUAUCCCAAUGACUGACUGUUACUCUUAGAGCCUGCUUUUCAUCCCUAGAAGUAUUUUGUCUCGUGGAUACUGACUACCUCCAGUGUUUAGGUGAAAGACAGAAAUGAGACUGGCAGCAGGUGUAUAUCUGCCUAGUUAGAGUGGUUAGGCUCGUUCAGAGCAUGAAAGGAAUAUGAGAUCAUGUACUGCAAUUUAGCAGAAGUUUGGUUUUUUAAAUCAUAAUCAUGCUGACAGCAGAAAUUGAUGCAUCUGAAAAGAGACAGUAACGUUUGUAUACAGACCUAGUAAAUAAGAGUUCCUGAGUGUUGAAAAUGGAGAAUUACUGUUGUAGUAGACACUGGGACAUACAUUGUCACAAACUUGCUGACAGAUCCAGGACAUACAUUUAGCAAACAAAUUUGAUUUUUUCCUCCAAUGACACAUAGUUACAUCUCUGAUUCUAGUAUCUGUGGGUUCAUAUGUUGAACAGAGAUGAUUUUCUGUUACCUGCUCACAGCCUUAAUUCCUCACUGUUCUUUUCAGGGGAAGAUUUUCUGUGCAAGUGUUCAUUUCUAGACAGUCUUCUAGCUGGAUGCUGGUACGUUUUCUCCCAUAUUGAUUUGUCAGCCAGGACCAGAAGUAAUUCCAGAGUGUGUUAGGAAAGAAUAAUAACAGCUCUUUUUCAGGGCUCCACGUCUCUGUAUUUAAAUAUGUGUGGGUUGCUUUUCAUAGUUGCAAGCAUGCCAAAGGGCAUAAGCAGGAAAAGAGAAGGUGAAAAACUCUCUCAUCAUAGCCAGGGACAGUUAGCUUAAAAAGCAAGAGAUUUACAGAGGCACAAAUACAGAUAUGCCCUGAAGGUCUAGAAGAACAAUUUAGAAAAUGGCUUCAGGAUGAGCUGUUGUAGGCUAGUGAUGAAUUUUUUUUCUGAUGUUAGGAAAAUAUAUUCCAGUUUUGCUUUGGCACUCUUGAUCUCCUCAGAACAUGCUCUCUGUACUCACUGUAGCAUGAUUCAUGAACAGCUCAUAGAAAGUACACACAGAUAUGGCUGCUUACAGGAGUCACAUCUGUCUAUUUAAAUCUCCUUAAGAGGAUUUAUUUUGUUUCUGAGUUACUGUGCGGUAUAUGUUAGUCUAAGUACAUUUAAUCAUGUUGCUCUGAGAUGGUGUGUAUGUGCAUGCACUCAAAAAAUUUUGAGGGAGAUACCAUGCAUGUUACGUGCACAAGCACCUGAUUUUUAAGAGGUGGGUUUUUUUCCAGCCCAUAGGCUAGUGUUACAUCAGUUUUUUGUUUUCCUUUGGGUAACUUUUGAUGACACAUUAUUUUUCCUACUACUUAAGAUCCUACUUCUUAAGAUCCUCUGCUUCAAUAAAUAGUUGUCAAAGUGCAAGUUAAAUUGAGUUGAAAAAGUCACUUAACCAUGAAUGGGAACUCUACGCUCAGCUGACCCAGCAAGGAGAACAUGCUUGAAAGUUAGAUGGAUCUUCAUGUAGGAAUGUGUUGCUGUUGUUGCUCAGAAACUUUGAGUGUUAGUGAGGUUAUAUUGAAGGAGAAAACUAAAAUGCCAGAACAUUAAGAGGAAGACACACAUUCUGAUGACUUGAAUUAUAGACCUUUUAGGAUGUCAGAAGCUUCAAGUUUGAAUUUUAUCUUUAAAUGAACAGAGUGACAAAGAGAUUUUCAGUGAAAACAGUAUAGCUCCUGAUGUAUUUGGAGUUACAACUUACGAUUUGUUGCACCUUUUAGGUUAAUCAUAGGGAUGCCAACGGUGAGCGAAGAAGCUAUCUGCUGAUCUUAACACACAAGAACAAAUGUUCUCUCAUGGUGUGAUAGCUUUUCAUUUGAGCAAGAGCUCUGUCUCUAUUUUACCCCUUUUCUUAUUUAAAUUUUACAUAUUUUACAGGGAGCAUUAAAUGCAGACAAAAAAAUUAUACUUCUGGUCUUUUGGUAUCUUGCCAUAAUAUUUUAGGGUAAUUAAUUCCUUAAAAAAACCCAAAACAACAUCAUAAAAAUAACCAGUUUUGCUCAGGGGGCAGCAAGAGAAUGGCUGUUUUCAAACCACAGUAGAGAAAAUUCUCCAUGUUCAUCCAUGGCAAUGAUGGUGUGAGAAAAUUUCUUUUUAUUUACUUCUCUUUGAACUGUAACCUAAUGUUUUGGUUCCUUCUAAAGUUGAAACGUCAUCUCUAUAAGCUUUGCAGUACACUUUGGCUCAGCACAUGGUUCUGUGGUUGAGUUACUGAAGGAGAUAGUAGUGUUAAUUCCUUAGCUCUGUGCGUGGUCCUGCAGAGCAACAUUCUUUAAAAGAGAACUUCCCUCUUUCUUUCUUUCUUUCUUAUAGAUGGAGCAGAACACCCAUUAUAGCUGGAACCAUAACACGGAUAAUAAACUAAAGAACAUCUGAUUUACCUUACAUAUCAAUUCAUUUUUUUCUUGGAUAAAAAUUUACCAAAUCGUCUUAGAGAGAUGCGUAGCUUCUCAAGGUCAUUAGAAUGUUUAGAGACAAACAAAAUGGCACGUCUGGUCCAAACCUUCAAUGAUAGUUGUUUUUUACCAGGAGUUUAAAAGGUAGAUCAAUUUAUUGCCAUGCUAACUUUUUUCAGAGUCGCUAUUCCUGUUCUGCCUGAACCAGUUAAAUAAUGUUUAUCCACAGGGCAUGGGUACACCUGUUGGAUGUACACCUGAGUGUUGCCUAGGGUAGAUAGAGUGUUACCAAAGGACUAAGCUAACCUGCUGCUCCCCACUGGGUUUAUGAUUGUCAGUCCUCACAUAGCCAACUAAAUUCCUUUAUAUUUUUGCAACUAAUAAUCUUUUUACUUCUCCCUCUCUUUCCAAAAUACUAUAGCAAUACGGAAUUCAAGAUACACACCUUGCAGAAGUUCUACUCUUAGAGGUUUAACUCUUUGCAGUUGUUAAAUCUCACUCCCGUUGCCGUUUUUGAGUCUUUCUCUUCUUUCCAGUGGGGAGACCCCUAAAAUACUGUAAAGAUUUUUGACAGAGGAGGCUUUUCCAUUAAGUUAUUGGCUCAAUUUCUUAAGGUUUGCCAUUUCUUAAAAUGUUCAUAUCUUUCGCUCCGUCUUCUGAACGGACCUGGCUCCCUGUGUGUCAGUGCUUUUGGGGAGAUGGAAAGAGGCGAUGCCUGUACUUGCAUAUCUUCGCAAACACACAGAGUAACUCCUGAAAAUGUACUUGAUUUUUUUUUUUUGGCUUCUCUAUAUUCAUUGGAUCUGUGUGCCACUUCUCCCAUGACGGUUUUAGUGGAUACCUGCUCUGAGGUUUUACCCCCGUGGGAUGCUGUUAGAAGGGUGUUAGGAAGAUUGCACUGGAAUUUACAAGUGGUUUAACUGUGGGAGAAGGGAAGAGACACCUUUUAGUUGAGUAGACAGAUAAGGUCAGGAUGUAGAACAUGAUCAGGUACCUCUUUUUUGACCGAAUUCCUAAAACUGAAGCAACUACUGGGCUUUGUCUUGGGGCUGCUUUUAGUUCUGUCUGCGAUACCCUGCUAAGAACCAUCCGUAACUGGAAUAAUCUGGGCCCCUUCCCUCCCUCCCUCCUUCCCUCUCCCUCCUUGUUCCUUCCCCCAUCUUCCCGCAGCAAAAGGUAGCACCAUACAGCUCUGAGAACAAUACUUGUGGGUAGCAGCUGGCUUCUGGCACCUUCAUAAAAUACCUCAGCAUAGCUUAGCAUUGUCGCAGAACUGGUUUUAAACUGAAAAAAUCAGAAGAGAAAAGCAAACUUUAUAAAUAGUGGAGAUAAUUCUAGCUGUAGAGUUUAGUUGAACUGAUGUUUAUUAUGACUGAUAAACAUGAUUAUGCUGUAUGUAUUUGAGAUCCUGUUUAUAGGUUACAACUUUAUAGG